AUGAACAGCCGUUGGACGCGAUGGUCAGUACUGGGCAUACCGUACGAGUCGGCGGACAACGACUACACACCGAUCGACGCCGAGAAGACACUCUUCGUGGGGAACAAAGAGGUCGCUCACAAUCGAUACACACUGCAGACACUGGCCAUCACUCUAAUGGUGGCCGUCUGUGCCAAAGACAUGACCGCUCUGGCGGUGGACUUGCGUCCCGACAACUGUCGCUUCCAUCACAUCGACGCCGAAGACAGCCCUCACGAGGAUCUCAUGGCUCACUUCGACCGCGCCGUCGACCUCAUCGACGAAGAGCUCGUGGAUCGCGGCGGACGAGUGAUGGUGUGGUGCGGCGCCGGUUGGUCCCGAUCGGUGACGAUUGUGGCCGCGUAUCUCAUGCGAAGGGAUCGCUGCACCGGCGACGAGGCUCUGGAGCUGAUCCGUCGCGUGCGGCCCAAAAUCAAUCCAAACGCGGGUUUCGUGGCUCAGCUUCGGCUCUACCACGAGAUGAACUAUCGGCUCGACGUCACUCAUCGCGAGUAUCGGGUUUUUGCGGUGAUUGCGUUGCGACGCCGCGUGUGGACCGACAAGUACUGGUCCGACACACGUGUGGGCGCUCUUCAGCGCCAAUUCUCGGAACCCAUGCGAAGAUAUUUCCACAAAAUGGCCAAAAGUGUGGCCAAACGUGAGUCGCCGCCAGUGGUGGCCAUCACUGGCGCGAAGACCGGUCGCUAUCAUUGUCGCGAUUGCGACGGUGUUGUGGCCGACGAGUUGAAUGUGUUGCGCACCGCCGACGCCGACUCUGGCCACGGAUCCGGCGCUGAAGAGUGCGAUAAGAUGUUUGUGGAGCCCAUGGAGUGGAUGUUGCCGUCGAUCUGUGUCCAGAAGAAGGGCGACCUGUUGUGUGGCAACUGUUCCGUCCCUUUGGGUGCCUUCAAGUGGAAGGCAUUCAAAUGCGAUUGUCUUCUUCAUCAGCCAUUGCAAGACUCGACGGUCUUUAAGAUAAUGAAAACACAAGUCGUUUAUAAGUAA